AUGGCUUCCGUGGUCGACGCUAGCUCGCCCGCACAGAUCCCACGGAAACGGUAUGAUGGCGAACUCACUACUGGCGAGACAUGGUGGAGGGACCACCAGGUUUGGUUACAGGAGCGUGGGUACAUGCUCCGCCCUCGCUAUAGACCCGACUGGGUGCCUUCAUGGCACAAGGACGGAGGAGCGUACUACGACUCAUACGAAGACGGGAGAGCCAUAGUGCGCAAUGCAGUUCUGGACGCGACCCGCAUUUCCGAUGACACGGUAGUCACGCUCAAGAAAAUACAAACCUCGGAACACCCAUACGAAGUUGACAUCUGCCGCUUUUUCUCGUCCGAACCGCGCGCCAGUGAUCCCGCAAAUCGCUGUGUGCCCGUAUACGAUGUUCUUGAUGUUCCGGAUGACCCUGACUGCAAGCUCAUCGUCAUGCCAUUUCUGCGAAAGUUCUUCGAUCCCCGUUUCCUCACCGUUGGAGAGGCUGUGGAGUUUUUCCGGCAAGCAUUUGAGGGACUGCGUUUCAUGCACGCUCACCACGUAGCCCAUAGGGAUUGCGGGAGGAUGAACAUCAUGAUGGACCCUCGCCCGCUCUACCCGCAGCUUUACCAUUUUGCGUCUAUACGGGCCAAGCGAGACUUGUCUGGGACCGCGAAAUACUUUACCCGCACUCGAAACCCUGUCCGAUAUCAUCUCAUCGACUUCGGCCUCUCUCGACGAUUUGAUCCCGCAAAGGGACCACCGCGAUCAUGGCCAAUAUGGGGUGCCGACCGGACGGUACCCGAGUUUCACAAAUCCCUAGAGCCUUGCGACCCGUUUCCGACAGACGUAUACUACCUGGGAAACGUUAUCAAAACCGUGUUCUUAGAUGUGUACACCGGCCUCGACUUCAUGAAGCCCAUAGUUGAUGACAUGGUGCGGGAUGAGCCGGCCAGCCGGCCAAACAUGGACCAAGUCGUCGCACGAUUCGACCUGCUGCUAGGGUCUCUCAGUACGUGGAAGCUGCGCGCACGGCUCCCUCAGCGAAACGAGUACUGGAUGGUCCGCCUCUUUAGGGCGAUCGCGCAUACGUUCCGCACGAUCUUCUAUAUCCUCACGCUACGUCCUGCUCUUCCCAGUCCCUGA